AUGAAAAGGACGUGUUUUCCUACCAAAAUUAAUAGUAAACCGAGUACUUCUAAGCGUUCUAGUAGCGUCAAAAAGACAUCGUUUUGCAAAAAAAGACGUAACAGUAGUGAUGAAGGUGAAGGAAUUGACAUGGAUUUCUUAGAAUUUUCGAGUGAUGAAGAGGUUUAUUCGCAAUGUGAUUAUGAAGAUGGAUCAUCUGAAGAGGAAAGUGAUGACGUGAUGGUUACGAUACUCGGAAACAACCUGAAAGGAUAA